CCCCAUCUCCAGCCGACCCGACCCGAGCUGAGCUCCAUCCACCCAUCAUCCAUGGUGAUGGUGCCAAGGAGGAGGACAUAAAAGAGCAUUCGACACAAAAACAAAUGGUGGCCAAGAAAGAAAAGGCACCGCAUAAGCAUACACGCGCACACGCAACGCCACACCACCGCACGCACGUACACGCACACCUCCUCUCGUCUCCACUUAUGAUCACCACCAUGUCCUCCUCCUCCUGCAGCGGCCUGGGCGGCGGCGCGGCGGCCAACUCGAAGCGCAAGUCGCCGGAGCCGACGUCGGUGCUGUACAACCGGAGCCCGAGCCCGCCCACCUCCUCCUCCGCGCACUCGUCCGAGCCGCCGCCCAUCAGCGCCGAGGACUGGGACGCCGUGCUGCUCUCCUCCGGCGGCUGCGACGACGCCAUGGCCGCCGCCGCGCACGGCACCCGGGAGGACAGCUCCUUCCUCCGCUGGAUCAUGGACGCGGGGUACGCGGACGGCGACGGCGACGCCUUCGGCUUCAAGGGCCCCGCCCCCUUCGACCCCUCCCUCCUGCCCCCGCCCCCUCUCCACCCGCCGCCGUUUGAAGAGCGCCGGGAGGAGGCGGAGGAGCAGGCCUUCUCGCUCCCGCAGCUCCCGCCGCAGCUCUCCGUCCCGCAGCAGCAGCAGGUCCAUUUCCCCGUCUCCACCGCACCAGGCGCCGCCGGGGGAGGAGAUGGAGAUCUCGAGCCCCAGGCGGCGGUGGACGAGCUGCUCGAGGCGGCGCGCCGCGCCGACGCCGGGGACCCCGCUGGCGCGCGCGAGAUAUUGGCGCGGCUCAAUCACCGGCUCCCCUCGCCGCCCGCCCCGCCGGGGCACCCUCCCCUGCUCCGCGCCGCCGCGCUGCUCCGGGACGCGCUCCUGCAGCGCCUCCUCCCGCCCGCGCCCGGCACCGGCGCAGGAUCCGUCCUCUCGCCGCUCGACGUCGCGCUCAAGCUCGCCGCGCACAAGGCGCUGGCGGACGCGUCGCCCACCGUCCAGUUCGCGGGGUUCACGGCCACGCAGGCCUUCCUCGACGCGCUGGGCGCCGGCGCGCGCCGCGUGCACGUCGUGGACUUGGACGUCGGCUUCGGGGGCCACUGGCCGCCGCUCAUGCAGGAGCUCGCGCACCACUGGCGCCGCACGGCCGCGCCGUCGACGCCGCCGCCGGCCCUGAAGGUCACGGCAUUGGUGUCGCCGGGGUCGAGGCACCCGCUGGAGCUCCACCUCACGCAGGAGAGCCUGGCGCGCUUCGCGGCCGAGCUGGGCAUCCCGUUCGAGUUCGCCGCCGUCGCCUUCGACCCCUUCAGCCCCUCGCCGCCGCCGGGCCUGUCCGCGGCGCCCGACGAGGCCGUCGCAGUCCACAUCACGGUCGGCACGGAAACCUCCGGGCCGACGCCGGCGUCCCUCCGCGUCGUGAAGCAGCUCCGCCCCGCCAUCGUCGUGUGCGUGGACCACGGCUGCGACCGUGCCGACCUGCCGCUCCCGAGCCACGCGCUGAACGUGCUCCGCUCCUGCGCCGCGCUCGUCGAGUCGCUCGACACGCCCGGCGCGUCGCUGGACGUGGCGGCCAAGGUGGAGCAGUUCAUCCUGCGGCCGAGGGCCGAGCGCCUGGUCACCGGCGGCGAGAAGCUGCCCCCGUGGCGGUCCACGUUCGCGUCGGCCGGGCUCACGCCGCUGCAGCUCAGCAAUGCCGCGGAGGCGCAGGCCGAGUGCCUGCUCCGGCGCACGGCCAACCAUGGCUUCCACGUCGAGAAGCAGCAGGCGGCGCUGGCGCUCUGGUGGCAGCGGUCGGAGCUGGUGUCGGUGUCGGCAUGGCGGUGCUGAUCCAUCCCCUUGCUUGCAGAGCCUGAGCAGCCCGAGUUGCGGUUGGUACGUCGAUUUGCAGUUGCUACCAAUGGAUUAUGAGCCAAUAUUACAAAUUUAAUUUCUCAAGCAAAGCCUAGAUUUCAGCGGAAGUCCGAAGCUGAUUUCGCCUGUCCCAGCCAGCAGCCUCUGUAUGAAAUCCUUUCAGGAGUCGUCGCUAUUACCUUUCGGUAUCAUGAUAAUACGCCCCGUCCUCUUGCAUUCGGCUGCGCAAAUGAAGCGCAAGUUCACCUUUGAGCAGUUUCUAUAUGAAGUUGAGGUUUUCAUUUGGAGCCUUCCUGAAGAUCAUUGCAGGCUGAAGCCUUUCUUGUGACACUUUGAUUUGUCUUGCUGGCUGUCCUCAUCUCUCACUUUCAGCUUCCAUUCACCAUAGUACCACCACUAAUGGUCUACCACAUAUGGCUACACAGCUGAGGCCUGAGAUGUCAUUCUUGUUCUGCCUUGGAUGAAAGGCAUGAGAGAUAUUUUUUUAACCUAGCUUGAAUUUGGCUCUAUCAUAGCCAAGCAGCUCCUCAGCAGCCUGUCAUCUCUUGUCUACUCCAAUGCACCAGUGGCAAUUAUUUCCUAUGAUAUGAUGCAGCAGCAGCAGUAGUAGUAUAUUGUGCUUAGGGCAUGAAUCAUAUGGGUGUCACAUGGGGCUUGCCCCUCAUCACAUGUACACAUCAGUUUCUUAUAUUUCACUUGGCCCCCUCCACACCCUA